AUGGCUGGGAUAUUCACAUUAGGAGGAAACAACAACAACAACGGAGACGAAGAAGAAGAAGAAAACCAACAACAACAAAAGACAAAUUGGGUUUGGUAUAGAAACACAAACACCAGCAAUAUUAAUCCAAGCUCGAGCCUAUGGCAGAUUCCACAAGAGCAGCAAAUGCUCAUGCAUCAUCAUCAACCACAUCCACAGCAACAAAGCUUAGAUCUUUAUCCAGGUCAUCAGAUCGACGUCUCUGAUUUGGCCACAUCAUCAAGAUCUAUCACCAUAAGCUGUCGAGACUGUGGAAACCAAGCCAAGAAAGACUGCACUCACAUGCGUUGCAGGACUUGCUGCAAGAGCCGUGGAUUCGAUUGUUCCACUCACGUGAGGAGUACGUGGAUCCCCGUUGCGAGACGCCGUGAGAGACAGCAGCAGCUUCAUAUGUCCACAUCUGGAGGCGGCGGCGGAAGCGGCAGUGGAGGUGGCGGUGGUAGCGGCGGUUCGAGUAUCACUAAACGCCAUAGGGACACUACUCUUCCGGGAGCAUCCUCAUCUCGCUUACCAUCCGACUCAGCAGGUUUUUAA